UUUUUCCCAAAAUAACGUGUGAUUUGACACUUGUUUGCGUUUUUGUAAAGUGGUUAUGAAAUUAUUUUGUGAAAAUAAUAAAAUAAACCGAGUCGAUAGCGCGCCUAGCAACGCUAUUUAUUUGUAUCAGUAGUCAUAGAGACCCAUUUCUUGUGGGUGCAACAUAUUUCUUCUUUAGUGCCUAAAUAAAUUUGCAUACAGGUCGUAAAACAUGAUUUUGCGUGUUUUCAAAUCAAAACAAAAUGAUAAACAAAAAUCAAUUAAAUUUAUUUUAAUAAUGUCGCUACUAAUUUAAUUAAAUAAUAACAUUUUGUGCAAUAAGUUUGGUUUGUGGUACGUAUUGUGUAAAUUAGUAUCGAUUUUGCAAAUUUCCUAAUUUUCUCUGAUGUCGAGAACUAUACAAACCGUCACAAAAUGGUUGCCUUUAGACGUUAAAGGGUCUGAAGACAUUUUCGAAGAUUGCAAAAAUUUAAAAAAAACUUCGACGAAUUUGUUGCUUCGCAUUUGUGUCCUUUUGGAGAAUUUGAAGAAAAGGUUUGGGUCGAAACUUCAUCAUAGUUGUAUGCAAAACGAGUUAAAUAUCCAAGAAUUAGAAAAUAUUAAUUCAACAAUGGAUGUUAUGGUUGAAAAUUACAAUCAGUUAUUUCAGAAAUUUAGUUUCGAAAGCGCUUCCUCAAUUACUAUGGAACGAGUGAAACUGUGGAAGGAAAUUCUAUGGAAAAUCAAAUUAAAAAUUUGCUAUUUUAUUCAAGAGCUUAUCAACGAAAUCGCAUAUUUAUUUAUUUACUAUGGCGAGAUCUUCCUAACUUUAACGCUAAGAAUUUCCACCGCUUACAAUAACUUAUUUUCACUCGAUAGUAAAUACGGGUUAAAGAAAAACACCAGUAUUUGUAACAAUACGUGUCCUUACCUCUUCUUCCCUUUGCGAAAAAUCUCAGUGACGCGUCUUCUUCAAAUAAUUUCGAACAAUCGAGCUGAGCUGUGUUGCCACAAAUUAAUCGAUUGUUUGCUCGCGACUUACAAGUCUUAUGAUAACAGUGACGAUGAUAACAGUUCAGAUAAUUCAAGUUUAGAAAUUUACCGGGCUUUAACCAAGCACAUGUCGCCCCCAGACCCCGAAACCCCCACAAAAACAAAAAUAAUCAACCUGGAGAACGACAAUGAGAAUUUCAUAAGUAUCGAGGAGCUGAUUUCGUACGAAGAAAAAAACGUACUGGACCUACUAGACACGAUUUUGAAAAUAUCCCCCAGUAUGUUAGGCACCGACGGGGUGAAAAAAUCCAAAAGCACGGGCGGCAGCAAAAUCAAGUCUAAAGCCCGGGAGAAGGUUUUAGAUUAUUACGAGCAGAUUUUAUGGGGCGAAGUUGGCAAUUUCCUCGAACAUAUCAUCCUGUGGUGGGGCUCGAGCCCCCUGUCCGCACGCCCCCCUCACAGCAGCCAACAUUUGCGCGAGUGGAUCACCCAGUUUAUCCCCACCGCUGGAAUCCCGCCAGUUGUCUUAUCCGCAUUGGCCAGUUUAGCGGACGCGCUGGGCGUCCACGUGACCCUGACGUCAUGGGACCAGCACUUCCGAUUGGCCCUGGUGGCGUCCAAGGCCAUGGGAAACCCCGACACUGGCAAACUUUUCUGUGCGGUUUUGCAAGAUUUGGUCACUUUGGUCAACCAAUGCGAGGUCACCCCUGAUUGGAUAAUCGGGGCCCCCUUGGAGGAGUUGUCUCUGGUGGAGCAAAUCCCCGUUUUGCACCGGCUGGACCACUCGAUUCACACGACACGGCUUUGGGCCGCGAGCGAGACCAAAAAAAUUGCAAAUAACUGGAAUGUGGAUGCGUUUUUUAUGGUCACUCAUGCGGACAUUGUGAGCUGUUUGGGGCAGUUGAGUGGGCUAAGGCUGGCCGACCAUGGGGGCGAGGUCGAGAAGGGGGGGCUGGGGGUCCAUGUGCAGGUUUGCGCCUUGAUGAGGGCCAAACUGGUCUCCGAAGUCAACGAAAAUAUCAAAAAAUUGAAAGAGACCCCGAAUGAGUGCGUCAAAGGCUUGGCCAGUGUGUGCAGGACCAUCAGUUUGGCCAACUUGCAGAUGAUUUUUCCAGAAAAUGCCUACUGGAAGAGGGUGGGCACCCAAGCGCCCGAAAAGCCAAGCCCCUAUGUUGAUAAAUAUUUGGAGCGAAUCCUAACGCCAAUUCUAGUUGCGACAGACGAUCAUGUGAUCAGUAACAUGAUUCUGCAAAUCAUGUGCGAAGCCUGGCUUGAUCACAUAUAUAUGAAUAAAAUCAAAUUUUCGCAAUUUGGCGCUUGCCAGUUACUUUGCGAUUUCGGGUAUGUUGAGACUUGGUUGAUGAAUUGUUCCGUCAUGAGUCAGACGAUGAGGAAAAAAAUGAUCAAAAAUGAAGUGCUGAGGAGGUGCGAAGGCGUUGGGAGGUUGCUACUGCGGUGUCCGGGGGAGCAAAUUAAAAUGGUAGAUAAAAACAAAAAAACAAAGCCGACAAAUUCGCCACCUGCCGAAAAAAGCGAGCAAAUGCCGGCCGAGAUGUACGUUCCAAACCAGGAACAAUGGCUCGAACUGCGCGCUAUCAAGAAGAGAAACCUCUUCCCGACCUCCUUAUGUUGCGGGAAAUUCUAAAUAAAACUCCUUUGUUUUGUUAUUAAACACUUUAAUCAUCAAGAAUUUAAAUAAAUAAAGUCCAGUUUCCCUUCGGGAAAUGAGUAUUUA